UGCAAGCUUUCUCCCUUAUAUUCAUCAGAAUCGCCUCUCAACCCAAUAAGAGAAGGGAACGCUCUCUCUCUCUCUCUCCGUCUGGUGCGUUUCUCAACCCCAUAAGAGAAAGGAAAGCUCUCUCUCUCUCUCCUCCUUAAUUUCUCCAUUAAUUCUUUUAUGUCUCAUGCGUUUCUCAACCCAUAAGAGAAAGGGACUCUCUCUCUUUCUUAAUUUCUCCAUUAAUUCUUUGGUGUCUUAUGCGUUUCUGUAAGCAUCUACCCCCCUCCACAAAGCAGUGAGACAGAAAAUGGCUUAUGGUUUCUCCAGCGGUGGCUCAGAUUUCUACACCGGCAUCAUGGGUAGAUCCAUAACCAACAUGAAUUCCAACAACCCAUCACAACCUUCAUAUAGAACCCAACUGUCUCAAGUGUUUCUAGAUCCUACCUCUCAGAUCGCUCAACACCAAACAUCCACCACGAACUUUACUGCCCAAAGCGUAAUUGGCAAGCGAUCGCUGGCCGAUUUCCAAGCACAUCAACAGCAACUACAGCAGCCAAACCCAAACCUAAACCCAGCACUGAAUGGUCUCCUUCGGUCCGUGAAGCCUAGGAUGUAUCAACACACAUCCCCAAUCUCCACUCUCUCCCCCAUCGAAUUAUCGGUUAACAUGGCUUCAGAACUACCCUCCUUGUCUCGGCGUUAUGGUAUGCCUCUUCUUCAACAGCUCAGGCCCCAGCCCAUCAAUCUUGGGCCCGGACCCACCAUUCACUCAACCAACCACGCCGCUUCUGCUGUUCCUCACAUGAACACGCUACAACAACAAAACAGAGGAGUAGUUAUUGGAGGACAUGAGUCAAAAAAGAAGAUGAUGAAUCGACUACAGGAGCUGGAGAAGGAGCUUUUGGAUGACAACGAGGACGAGGAAGGAGAUGCGGUUUCGGUGAUUACUAACACUAACAGCGAGUGGUCAGAAACGAUACAGAAUCUCAUCACCUCCUCAACCCCCAACCCGAUUUCUCCAUCACCUACUUCAUCAUCCUCAUCAUCUUCUUCCUCAACAUCGGUGACAACUCCCCACAAUUGCUCGAGACAAACCCUACUAGACGCUGCUUCCGCCAUUUACGAAGGCAAAAACGAUGUUGCAUGUGAGAUCUUGACGAGGGUAUCUCAGGUCUUGAACCCUAGAGUGAAUUCGGAACAUAGAUUGAUGGAGUACAUGUUGAUGGCACUCAAAUCGCGGGUUAACCCUUUUGAGAAUCCGCCGCCGGUGGCGGAGCUGUAUAGUAAGGAGCAUGUUAGUUCGACCCAGUUGCUUUAUGAACUGUCUCCUUGUUUCAAACUUGGGUUCAUGGCCGCUAAUCUCGCAAUUCUUGAGGCCACAGUAGACCAGCCGAACACCAGCAGCAGCGGGUUUCAUGUUAUUGAUUUCGAUAUCGGCCAAGGAUGCCAAUACAUGAAUCUUUUGCACGCGCUUUCUGAGCGUAUGAAUGGGAAGCCUUCCACUGUGAAGAUCACAGCUGUUGCCGAUAAUAUAGGGGAAGAGAAAGAGAGGUUGAAGGUGGUUGGGAGUACCCUGAGUCAACUCGCAGAACAGUUUGGGGUGUCUUUACGUUUUAACGUUGUGAGUUGUAAGUUCGGUGAGUUGAGUCGUGAAUCAUUGGGUUGCGAUCCUGAAGAUCCUUUGGCUGUUAAUUUUGCAUUCAAUCUGUACCGAAUGCCAGAUGAGAGUGUAUCAACGGAGAACCCUCGAGACGAACUUCUGCGGCGCGUGAAGCGGCUAGCACCGUGCGUGGUGACUCUAGUGGAGCAAGAACUGAACACAAAUACGGCUCCAUUCAUGGCGCGCGCGAACGAGGUCAUUUCGUAUUAUGGAGCAUUGUUUGAGUCGAUUGAGUCGACAGUGCAGAGGGAAAACUCAGAGAGAGUGAAGGUGGAAGAAGGACUGGGUCGGAAACUCGCCAACUCGGUUGCUUGUGAAGGUAGGGAGCGCGUGGAAAGAUGCGAAGUGUUUGGGAAAUGGCGGGCUCGAAUGGGAAUGGCAGGGUUCGAGUUGAAGCCGCUGAGUCAAAAGGUGACAGAGUCUAUGAAAGGUAGACUGAGUUCUGGGAAGCGGGUGAACCCGGGCUUCACAGUUAAAGAAGAGCAUGGUGGGGUUAGUUUCGGUUGGAUGGGAAAAACUCUCACCUUCGCAUCUGCUUGGAGUUAACUUCACUCACUUUUCUUUUUGCUAAUAUUAUUAAUUGUUAUAUUAGUAUUUUUAACUGUUUUUUUUUUUUUUUUCCUGAUAAAAUGGAAAAGCAAAGGAGGAAGGAAAAAAAUAAUAAUAAAACCGAGUGAUUUCAUUUGAGGAAAA